AUGUCAUACUCCGCGAAAUCGGUGCUCAAGGAGGGCUCCACCCAGCUGGACCACAUCUGCGAGCUGGAACUCUCGCAGCAGGCUUCCCACCAACGCCUGGUGUCCUUGAUAGCCACAAUAUCCCUGAGUUCGCGCAACGUGGACACCAUAUACAGCAUGAUAAUGCGUGGGGUGAAUAUAUUCCGGCUGAACUUCUCCCACGAAUCGCACGAGAUGCACUCGAAAACGAUCGAGCUGAUCAACGAGGCGCUGGAGAGGAUUCACAAGGAGACGGGUCAGAUUCGAACGGUGGCCAUUGCGGCGGACACGCGAGGACCUCAGAUCCGAACGGGCCUGUUGGACGGGGACGUCUUCCUCCGAUCUGGGGACAAUCUGCGGCUCUCGAUCAACAAGGAUCUGUACGACAAGGGCAACAAGGAGGCGGUCUACGUGGACUAUCCGAAUAUUAUCAACCUGACCAAAACCGGCGAUCGUCUGUUCAUCGACGAUGGCAGGCUGCUCCUGCACAUCAUGGAGGUUGGAGUGGAUGGUCUGCUCUGCGAGGUCAUCCAUGGUGGCCAGUUGAACAACAAUUGCAAUGUGAUCCUGCCGGAGAUUGAGAUCGAUUUGCCGGCCGUCUCCGAGAAGGAUAUGUUCGACAUUCAGUUCAGCAUGAAGGCCAAUGUGGAUUUCCUAUUCGCCUCCGCGGUUCGCAGUGCCAAGAACAUCAAGGAGCUGCGAACGGUGCUCGGCGAGAAGGGCAAGCACAUCAAGAUCAUCGCCAAAAUCGACAGCAAAAUUGCGUUGAGUCGCUUCACGGAAAUCAUGAGGGCGGCGGAUGGUCUGCUGCUGUCCCGAGCCGAUCUGGGCACCCAGAUACCCAUCGAGAAGCUCUUCAUCACCCAGAAGAGCAUCCUGGGUCAGUGCAACAAGGCGGGCAAGCCGGUCAUUGUGGCCUCGCACAUCCUGGAAUCGAUGCGAACGGUCCAACAUCCCACGCGUGCCGAAUGCUUCGAUCUGGCCAAUGCUAUUAUUGAUGGAGCCGACUGCAUCAUGCUCUCCUCCGAGGUGGCCAUCGGUCCGUUUCCCAAAGAGACGGUGGCCACCUGCGAUGUUCUGUGCAGGGAGGCCGAGAAGGUCCUCUGGUUCCGGGAUCUCUUCUCCGAUUUGGUCAGCGAGGUUCGCGGUGAACUGGAUGCCGCCCACUCCUUGGCCAUUGCCGCCGUGGAGACGGCCAAGCGGACUAAUGCCACUCUAAUCAUUGUGCUGACCACCUCGGGCCGCUCGGCCACGCUGGUCAGCAAGUUCCGUCCCCGAUGUCCCAUCCUGGCGGUCACCCGGUGUGAAAGGACCUCCCGCUGGGUCUACAUGCAUCGCGGAGUUCUGCCUGUGUUGUAUACCUCGGAACCGAGCACGGAUUACGCCACCGAUGUGGAUGCCCGCGUCCAGUUCGCUUUGACCUCGGCCAAGAAGUGGGAGAUCAUCGACGACGGCGAUCCCAUUGUGAUCGUGAGUGCCUGGAAGGAUGGCGGCGGAUUCACCAACAAUGUGCGCGUGGUCUACGCCUUUUUCGAGGCGGACCGCGUGGAUUGCCUCUUCCGGUCGGACAGAAGACGAUCCCGGAAGAACACCAACUUGCAGAUGGCGAACCGGGAGCCAGAGGCUAAGGAAGGUAAGUAUUCAAUUGGGUAA